CCCCCUCGGAACCGGAAGUGGAGCCUGGGAUCCCUGACGUUAGGAACGAAGUCGAACCUGGAUCUGGAGCCGGGUGAGUCCAAGUCGGGGAUGCUUUCAUAAUGAAUGUGAACCAGUCAGCUGCACCUGUGCCGCCAUUUGGGCAGCCCCAGCCCAUCUAUCCAGGGUAUCAUCAGUCUAAUUAUGGUGGGCAACCAGGGACCACAGCGCCCCCCACUUCCUAUGGAGCCUAUAAUGGCCCGGUGCCAGGCUAUCAGCAAACUCUUCCCCAAGGUGUGUCAAGAGCCCCACCCUCCUCAGGGGCACCUCCAGUCUCUACAGCACAGGCCCCAUGUGGCCAGACUGCAUAUGGCCAGUUUGGCCAAGGUGAUGUACAGAAUGGUCCAAGCUCCACUGUUCAGAUGCAAAGGCUCCCUGGGUCUCAGCCAUUUGGUUCCCCAUUGGCCCCUGUGGUCAGCCAGCCAGCUGUGCUUCAGCCCUACGGCCCUCCUCCAACAAGUGCACAGGUGACUGCUCAGCUGGCUGGAAUGCAGAUCAGUGGUGCUAUGGCUCCAGCCCCUCCCCCUUCGGGGCUGGGCUAUGGCCCACCAACGUCACCGGCCUCAGCCUCAGGAAGUUUCCCUAACUCUGGUCCAUAUGGCUCCUAUCCUCAGGGCCAGGCUCCUCCCCUUAGCCAGGCCCAAGGUCAUCCAGGGGUCCAGCCUCCCCAACGAUCUGCUCCACCACUGGCCUCCAGCUUCACGCCCCCAGCUUCAGGGGUUCCUCGGAUGCCUUCUAUGACCAGUCCACUCCUGCCUGGACAGGGUUUUGGGGGGCCCCCAGUGAGCCAGCCCAACCAUGUAUCCUCACCUCCUCCUCAAGCUCUGCCCCCAGGCCCCCAGGUGACUGGGCCCCCAGGACCCCCACCACCUAUGCACUCCUCUCAACAGCCAGGCUAUCAGCUGCAACAAAAUGGUUCCUUUGGACCAACCCGGGGCCCUCAGCCCAAUUAUGGAAGUCCUUACCCUGGAGCACCCACCUUUGGCAGUCAACCUGGGCCUCCUCAACCACUGCCUCCUAAGCGCCUGGACCCUGAUGCCAUCCCUAGCCCUAUUCAGGUCAUUGAAGACGACAGGAACAACCGGGGUUCAGAGCCAUUUGUUACUGGUGUACGGGGCCAGGUGCCACCCUUAGUCACCACCAGCUUCCUGGUAAAAGACCAAGGGAAUGCAAGUCCCCGAUACAUCCGAUGUACAUCCUAUAAUAUCCCUUGCACAUCUGACAUGGCAAAGCAGGCUCAAGUGCCCCUGGCAGCUGUCAUCAAGCCACUGGCAAGGCUGCCCCCAGAGGAGGCUUCGCCAUAUGUUGUGGACCAUGGGGAAUCUGGCCCUUUACGCUGUAAUCGCUGUAAAGCAUACAUGUGCCCCUUCAUGCAGUUCAUCGAGGGAGGGAGGCGCUUCCAGUGCUGCUUUUGCAGCUGUAUCAAUGAUGUUCCCCCCCAGUAUUUUCAACAUCUGGAUCAUACCGGCAAACGUGUGGAUGCUUAUGACCGUCCUGAGCUAUCCCUGGGCUCUUAUGAAUUCUUGGCCACUGUAGAUUACUGCAAGAAUAAUAAGUUUCCUAGCCCUCCUGCCUUCAUCUUCAUGAUUGAUGUUUCCUACAAUGCCAUCAGGACUGGUCUUGUGAGGCUUCUCUGUGAGGAGCUCAAGUCACUGUUAGACUACCUACCUAGGGAGGGCGGGGCAGAAGAAUCAGCAAUCCGCGUUGGCUUUGUCACCUACAAUAAGGUGCUCCAUUUCUACAAUGUGAAGAGUUCUUUGGCCCAGCCACAGAUGAUGGUUGUAUCUGAUGUGGCUGACAUGUUUGUGCCACUCCUGGAUGGCUUCUUGGUCAAUGUCAAUGAGUCUCGGGCAGUCAUCACUAGCUUAUUGGAUCAGAUUCCAGAAAUGUUCGCAGACACAAGAGAGACAGAGACAGUAUUUGCCCCAGUUAUCCAGGCUGGGAUGGAGGCUUUGAAGGCUGCUGAGUGUGCAGGAAAGCUGUUUCUGUUCCAUACAUCCUUGCCCAUUGCGGAGGCCCCAGGGAAGCUGAAGAACAGAGAUGACAGGAAGUUGAUCAACACAGACAAGGAGAAGACUCUGUUCCAGCCCCAGACAGGUGCCUAUCAGACUCUGGCCAAAGAGUGUGUGGCCCAAGGCUGCUGUGUAGACCUCUUUCUCUUCCCUAACCAGUACGUGGAUGUGGCCACGCUCUCUGUUGUGCCCCAGCUCACUGGUGGCUCUGUCUACAAAUAUGCUUGCUUUCAGGUGGAGAAUGAUCAGGAACGGUUCCUGAGUGACCUGCGUCGUGAUGUACAGAAGGUUGUUGGCUUUGAUGCUGUGAUGCGGGUCCGGACAAGCACUGGUAUCCGUGCUGUAGAUUUCUUUGGAGCAUUCUACAUGAGCAACACAACAGAUGUGGAGCUGGCUGGGCUAGAUGGGGACAAGACAGUGACUGUGGAGUUCAAGCAUGAUGAUCGGCUUAAUGAAGAGAGUGGAGCGCUCCUGCAGUGUGCCCUGCUUUAUACCAGUUGUGCAGGGCAGCGUCGGCUCCGCAUCCACAAUCUGGCCCUAAACUGCUGCACCCUGCUGGCUGAUCUGUAUCGGAACUGUGAGACUGACACACUUAUCAACUACAUGGCCAAGUUUGCAUACCGGGGUGUCCUGAACAGCCCUGUGAAGUCUGUGCGUGACACUCUUAUCACACAGUGUGCCCAGAUCCUAGCCUGUUACAGAAAGAACUGUGCCAGCCCCUCCUCUGCAGGACAGUUGAUCCUUCCUGAGUGCAUGAAGCUACUCCCAGUUUAUCUGAACUGUGUGUUGAAGAGUGAUGUCCUGCAGCCUGGAGCUGAAGUCACUACAGAUGACCGUGCCUAUGUCCGACAGCUGGUUACCUCCAUGGAUGUGGCUGAGACAAAUGUCUUCUUCUAUCCUCGCCUCCUGCCAUUGACAAAAUCUCCCAUUGAGAGUACCACUGAACCACCAGCAAUCCGAGCAUCUGAAGAACGUCUAAGCAAUGGCGAUAUAUAUUUGUUGGAGAAUGGGCUCAACCUCUUCCUCUGGGUGGGAGCCAGUGUUCAACAGGGUGUUGUCCAGAGCCUUUUCAACGUCCCUUCCUUCAGUCAAAUCACCAGUGGCUUGAGUGUUCUGCCAGUUCUGGAUAAUCCACUGUCCAAGAAGGUUCGAGGCCUCAUUGAUAGCUUAAGGGCACAGAGAUCACGGUACAUGAAGCUUAUCGUGGUGAAACAGGAGGAUAAGCUGGAGAUGCUGUUCAAGCACUUUCUGGUGGAAGACAAGAGCCUGAGCGGGGGAGCAUCCUAUGUGGACUUUCUCUGUCAUAUGCACAAGGAGAUUCGGCAGCUACUGAGCUAAAAGCAAAUGGGUAAACGGCAUAGGGUCCCAGGCCAGCUUCCAGAAAGUAUCCCAGGAUGGCAGAGAAAUUGGGACAGUUCCAUAUCUUAUAAGUCAUGUAAGCUGACCUCAGUCUCUUUGGGGGGAGGGGGAGAUAUAAGGAGACACCUUCUUUCUGGGCUUAAGUAAUCCUACCACUCUGUCAUGUCCUGCUGAUGGAAGGUGCCCCUAUCCCCUCACUCUAUCCUCCUUUUCCUGCUAAUCCUGUCGUAAUGAAUGUAGUUUUUCAUUUUACUGUAUAUGAUUCGGUGUUGGGGGUUUGGAGGCACCCAGACCCUGGCAAUAUUUUGUCCCUUUGGACCAGCCUCUGAGAGGAGAGGGGCAGGCAGGAAGGAGUGGGGAUCCCAGGUUACUACAGGGGGUGGCUAAUUCAGCUCAGUGUCAUCAACUUCCUAUAUUAGGGAUAACACAUACAGAUACACAAGAGCUGGGGUACAGACCAUAGGUGGUGGAGAGAAAAGUGGUUGGUCCUUCUUGGGCCUGGAGGUCAGCAGCCAAAUCACAAUUAUUGAGGGUGGUUGAUUAGCUUUCUCUGCUUCCGCUGUUUGUGUUCUCUCCCUUGCAAUGACUGGUGAUUACUUCAUGGAUAGAAGCACGUUGUCAGAGAUGAAUAAGCCUGGGAAUUGAGUUGCAAAAUAUGUUUUCACCUGGGAGAGGUACCAGCCUCCUUUUCAGCUGGAGAGGCCUCAACACUGGAUGGUUCUGUAGGGAGCCUGAUCAUCAACUUGCAAUACCUCACAGAGCCAGCCCACAUCCCGCUCACCUUCCACUGGCAACGCAGCUUCUUCAAGCCAGGGGUCGUUGGGGAGAGACAGGUGGCUGAAGCCCUGUGCUCUUUCACCAGGACACCACUUGGGCUUUGGGAUUGACUGAGUGGCUGACAGUUAUCUUCCAACCCCAACUGGCUGGGGCAGGACAAGGGCUAGUAUUGAGGGUUAGCCAAGCUUGUCUGCUCCCAGCCUGGGAUGCCCCUGCUCUGGACCUCUCAUUUCUCUUCAUUGGUUUAUUUUUCAAUGCAUCUUUAAUUUGUAAAGAAAUAAAAUAAGAUGUAACCAGUAGCCUCA